AUGAAUUCCAUAGGACAAACGAUACAGUUACCUGAUUAUUCUUGUAGUGAAAAUGAUGUUUCUAUUCAGUUUAUAUUAUCUUCAUCAGCUCAUUCAGCUUGGAAUUCCGCUGCAAAUUGUUCUUUGCAACAAUGUAAUGUAAACUUAACUAAUAAUAUGAAUAAUUGUCUUUCAUCAUCAACAUCUUGCUUCAAUUAUCGAACAAUAAAUAAUAUUACUUAUUGUGCACCUGGUAUUUUAUGUUCAAUAUUAGAAAGAUGUAACAAUAUUACACAAAUAUGUUCAUCAAAUAAUUCAAUAUGUAUCACUAAUUCAUGUUGUUCAUCACAAGCAGUAUGUUUACCAUUCUUAGCAACACAAAUGUGUGAAGGAGUUCCUUCUUCGCCAUUUAUUGAUUAUUUUGCAAGUGCUGCUACUGGUAAUUCUAUAAAGGUAUGGAAUCUAAACAAUGGUUCACUGAUUUUUAAUCUAACUGGUCACAAAAGCAAAAUUCGACAAUUACAUAAAUUAAAUAAUAACAGUGUAUUAAGUGGUAGUACUGAUGGUGUAUUCAGAAUAUGGGAUAUGAAUGAUCGCUCUUUUUUUCGCACAUUAGAUUGCUCAAGCAGUAGUACCGAUGUAAAAUUUGGAUUACUUCCAAAAGGCUACAUUGUUGGUCAGUGUGGAUAUAACACGUUUAAUAUUUGGAAUAUAUCUGAUGCAAAACUUGUGAACAACUUUAAUACAAACUAUUAUUAUGGUGUUGCAGCAUUAAUAGUGUUAAGUAAUGGUUACAUAGCAACUGGUACUUGGUUUGCCCCGUUUCAAAUAUUGGAUCCGAUGACUGGUUCAUUAAUAACUACAUCAUCAAUGAGUGUUACUUCUCUCGCUUUCAUACAAUUACCUAAUGGCAACAUAGCCAACGGUGAUUGGGAUCAUAUAAUAAAAAUAUUUAAUACAACUACUGGCGAACUUGUUUUUAAUUUAGUUGGUCAUACAGGUCCUGUAAAUAGCUUUGAAUUAUUAGCCAAUGGAUAUCUAGCAAGCGCAUCUUGCUAUAGAGAUGACAAUACCGGUUAUUAUGGUGGUGAUGAAAGAAUACUAAUAUGGGAUCCAAAUAAUGGGUCACUUGUUCAGAUAUUAACAGGACACACAGCUUUUGUAUUAUGUUUGAAACUAUUAAAUAAUGGUUAUUUGGCUAGUGGCGCUGUUGAAAACACAAUAAAGAUAUGGAGCCCAAUUAAUGAUUCUCUGAUACGUACGCUAACAGGACAUACUGGCCCUGUUUUCGAAUUGUUAUUAUUAAGUAAUGGUAAUUUAGCAAGUCGCUCUAAUGAUAAAACGAUAAAAGUAUGGAAUAUAACUUCUGGCAGUCUUCUUUACACAAUAAACGGAGAUGUAUACCCUGACUGGGAUAUGUUCACGCCAAGUAUUAAUUUAAUCAAUUAA